UGUCGUCGAUUCCCCAAGAUCUCAGCAGUGGCAAGAAAUCGCGAUGGAUAACGUGUCGUCGAGCACAAGGAACAUUUGCUGUGACAGCACCAGCAAUGUACGAUUCAGAACGACCGAGACCAAGAACUCCUUCCAAAUUAUUUUUGGCUGGGAUAAAUUCAAUUCAGCAUUUUUAGCAGUUCUGCUCAUGGCUUUUGUACUAUGGGGUGCUGUUUUUUUCAAUUGUUACUCGCCUGCCAUGAGUAACUCUACAGGAGGUCACGAAGGCCACGGAGGUCACGAAGGCCACGGAGGCCACGAAGGCAUGGAGCAUGGAGGCAUGGAACAUGAAGGUAUGAAUCAUGGAGGCAUGGAGCAUGGAGAAAUGAAUCAUGGAGGUAUGGAUCAUGGAAGUAUGGAUCAUGGAGGCAUGGAUCAUGGAAGCAUGGAACAUGACAUGAAUCAUGGUACGGAGCAAGGGAUGGAUCAUGCUAUGGAUCAUACUACGGGACAAGGCAUGGGCCAUGAAAUGGGACAUGGACUGGAGAGCCCAGAAAUCCAUACAAUGGAUCACAAAAGUAUGGAUCACAAAAUUAAUCAUAGAAUGGCAUAUUCAUCCGCUUUUUAAUUUAGAGAAUUUGUAAUUAAAACGUGAGUGAUGUGCACUCAUUCAGUUGUUCGAGGACGUAAAGAAGUACAAAUUAUUGUUCGAUUAUGCCUUUUACCACCUCAUGGUGACAUUUCAAUAACUGUAAAAGUGUUUGUAUAAAAGUACGUCAA